GUUUGUGUGCUUAUAUGGAAAUCGAAGAAUGGUAUCGUGGAUAAUCGCGUUUUUUAGGACUGAUAAGGCUGGCUAUAUAAACCAUGGAUCGUCUGAUUGCUUAAUAUUGAACGUUUUGAAAAUGUCGCGGCGCUUGUGUCUUUCACUUGUCGGAAUUCUUUCGGUCCUCGUGGCCCUGAGUCAAACGGCAUCGAUCCAGCCUCUUGUUAUUGGCGGUUCGGAGGCUGAUAUAUCAGAUUAUCCAUAUCAGGUAUCGGUCAGAUUGGAGACCUAUAUGCUGUUACAUAUCUGUGGUGGAAGUAUCUAUGCACCGAAUGUUGUUCUGACUGCGGCCCAUUGCAUUAAAGGACGCUAUGCAUCGUAUAUCAGAAUUGUGGCCGGAAAGAAUUCAAUUGCGGAUCUCGAGGAGAUGGGCGUGAAGGUUUCCAAGCUAAUUUAUCACACUGGAUAUAACAAAAAGAGCCAUGUCAAUGAUAUUGGCAUGAUUAUAACUCGAGAACCUUUGGCGUAUUCAGCGCAAGUGCAACCCAUUGCCCUGGCCUUGGACUCACCGGUGGCUGGAGCUCAUGCAGUGGUCAGUGGUUGGGGCAAACGUACCGAAGAGGAUACAGCUUUGCCGGCCAUGCUUCGGGCCGUUCACUUGAAUAUUGUGGACAGGAGCGUAUGCGGCGCCCAAUAUUUGACCAAGGAUUACACAAUCACCGAUGAAAUGUUGUGCGCCGGGUCGGAGGACGGCGGCAGAGAUGCCUGCGAUGGGGAUUCUGGUGGUCCUCUGGCUGUUGAUGGUGUCCUUGUUGGUAUUGUGUCCUGGGGUGUGGGUUGCGGACGCGAAGGUUUUCCUGGUGUCUAUGCAAGUGUGGCUCAUCAUUCCGCCUGGAUUGAGGAGCAGGCCGAACCCUAUUUAUAGUCCCAAAGAGCAUAUGGUCUUGAUUCAAUAUCUCUGAAGCGAACAAAUUUUAAUUUUAGGC